GAUCUCAUCUGCGUUAUCAAUGUUCAACACGAUUGCUGGCGGGCCAAAUGUUCGAGCGACGGAAAACGCACGGUCCGGCAAGAGCGUGAGGACACGUCCCGCUCCCGACCGGUUGUCUCACAUGCAAACAGUGAGCUGUACAUUGUGAACACGCAAGCCCUGCACAACCAACGAUGGAUUCGUGUCGCACUUCCCACUCACCUGAAACCCUCCCCAAACUCCGUCACUGACCGCGCCUCCCUGCAUCGACAUGCUGCAGCGUCAUUACGGGAUACGAAG